AUGUUUGCAAUGUUUGGUCUUCAGUAUCUCGGACUGCCAAAGAUGCGUUUGAGCAUUUCGAAUUCAUGCUGCGAGAUCGCGUUGGCAUCAAUUGACAUUCAAGUGAAUCUGCGCUGGUCUUCGUCAGCGCUCCGGCAGGUCCAACCCAGCAAGAUGUUUCAACGUAUUGGGGGCAAUGCUCUGCGGUGCGCCGGGCGCAGGCCGCUUGCUCGGAGAAAGCUCUAUGACCGCAAAUUCUCCGCCUAUACAACAAGCGCCAACACAAUUGCGCCCUCUACAGCGUCGCCGUUGGGGACAAUUACGGUGGAGCUGGAUCGUGUUGCGCCUCGUUUUGAGGUUCCGGCUUCCAAGAUCACUAUCCUGGACUCCCCCUCUACGUUCUAUAACACUCUAAAGGACAAGAUACGGAAAGCCAAAAGACGCGUCUAUCUGUCUACAUUAUACAUCGGCAAGGCAGAGCAUGAGCUUAUUGAGACCCUGAAUCAGGCCCUUCGUGACAACCCGGAGCUUAAAGUGUCCAUCCUGACCGACGCAUUAAGAGGAACCAGAGAGACGCCGAACCCAUCUUGCGCUUCGCUCCUAGCGUCAUUGGUUGCUGAACAUGGGCCGGAGAGAGUGGAAAUACGGAUGUUUCACACGCCGAACUUGACAGGGCUCAAAAAGAAAUGGAUACCCCGAAGGAUAAACGAAGGCUGGGGUCUUCAGCACAUGAAGCUCUAUGGCUUUGAUGACGAAAUUAUACUUUCUGGAGCGAACCUCUCUGAGGAUUAUUUCACCAAUCGGCUUGAUAGGUAUCACGUCUUUCAAAGCAAGGAGCUCGCCGAUUACUAUGCUGGGAUCCAUCAUGCUGUAUGCAGUCUCAGCUAUCAUGUCCUCCCAGAUGCACACAACGCUUCAGGAUACCUGUUAGAUUGGCCGAAUUCGAACGCGGCACCUUGUCCUCUAGAUGAUCCCGAGGAAUUCAUCUCUUCUUCUGCACUCGUUCUAUCUCCUCUCAUCCAAACCUCCGCGUCCAAACCAGCGCUUGAAUCGAAUACGUCAAGUCAAACAUUUGUGUACCCUGUAGCCCAAUUCACGCCGUUAUUGAGCCCAGAUACCUCCACCGAAUUUCCAGCGGUCACCGCGAUCCUACGUCUACUCUCCAGCUCUCCCGCCUUCUCUGGCGCUCGCUGGCUCUUCACUGCCGGCUACUUCAACAUCCAUCCCGUCCUUUCCUCCCUUCUCAUAGCAAGCACUUCCACGUCACACACCGCGUCCACCACACGAGGCACCGUGCUCACCGCUUCCCCUUGGGCCAAUGGGUUUUAUGGCUCGCCGGGAAUAUCUGGGAUGCUUCCUGCGGCGUACACGCAUCUUUCCGCCCGAUUUCUUGACAGAGUCGCCGAGGCUCAGCGGACCAACUCCAUUCAGCUUAAAGAGUGGCGGCGCGGGACAGUUGGUGAACCAGAAGGCUGGACCUACCAUGCCAAGGGACUGUGGAUCACACUACCAAAGGAAGAGCAUCCCAGCAUGACGUUCGUCGGCAGCAGCAAUUACACCAAGCGCAGCUACAGUCUGGAUCUAGAAGUUGGCGCGCUCGUCGUGACCAAUGACCAGGAGCUGAAACAGAAACUGGGGGCGGAAACCGAAUGGCUGCAAAAAGACUCCCACGCGAUCUCGCGCGAAGAUCUUAUGCGGACUGAAAGGCGGGUCGGGUGGAAGGUGCGUCUUGCGAUGUGGAUCGUUGAGAAAGUCGGAGGGGCUCUUUGA